AUGGGAAAAAUACUUCGCUGGAAACAAACAUGGGUCUGCAUAGAGCUGAGGCAGUGGCAAUAGUAGGAGGGAGAGAAAGAGGCGGUGAGGGGUGUGGCGUCAGUGGAAGGGCCGAACCCCUCAAUCGAAGAGAGAAGAGGCAAAAUCUUAAACCCUAACGCUGCAAGUCCGAUCCAUCCUUCUUUUACUUUCGUUUCGGAAGUUUCAGAUUGAAGUUUUAGUGAAACCUUGCAAUGGCUUCUGAUGAGAAUCCUUGCUGCGCACUGUUGAAGGAGAGAUACUCGAAGUUGGAAGAGAAACGGAAUGCUCUCCGGCAAGCCGUGAAGCUGUUGGAGCAACAAAUUCAAAAGAUUGAAUCCGAUAAUCUCCGUCUUAAGAAAGCAUUUGAAGAAGAGCACACACAGGUGGAAUUUGAGAGACAGGAGAAACUGAAAGAAUCAUUACUUAGAGUUUCUUUGGAGAAUGAAAUCUCUUCAUUGAAGCAUGAGAUCUCAUCCUUGCAGCUAAAAGGGGGCUCGGGAACUCAAGAUGGAGAUGGGGCUGAAAGGGGAGCAGAAAUAAAUAGACUGAACAAGCUCCUUGAAGAAGAGAGAAUGAGGGCAGAUUCUGAGAGGAAGAAAGCUGAAGCUGAGAAGAGUAAAGCUGCUGAGGCAUGGAAAAUUGUGAAAGCUGAGAAGGGUAAGGCUGAUAAAGAAAAGAAGAUUGCUAAUCUUGAAGGGAAAAAGGCAGAGGAAUACAGGCUUCAGUUGGAGAUAUUAAAGAAGGAAGCUGAUGAAGCAAGGUCCAAGGCAGAAGAUGCAAAUAAAAGGUGUGAAAGGGAAAAGCAGAAGGCAGCAAAGGAGAAAAGACGUGCAGAUUUGGAGAUUUCCAAAGCGGAAGAGCAAAGGAAGCUUGCAGAAGCAAAUGAGAAGAAGGCCAUGGUAGAAAAAUCCCAUGCUGAUCAUCUGUCUAAACAGUUGGAAGAGGAUAGACAAAAGAUUGAGAAAUUUCAGAAAGAGAUAGAUGAACUCGUGUCCUCUAGGAAACAAGUUGAGGCUCUUGCUGUUCCACCUGAUAAAAGUGUGAAUACCGAAACUUCAAAAAUGAAAGCUAGGCAACGGUCAGAAAAGAUGAAAAGAGAAGCUGAUGAUGGAAAGUUGGUCAUGAAGUUUCUGAAGUCUGAAGAGGUAAACAAGAAAGUUGAUGUAGAAAAACAGAAGGUGACCAGAGAGAAGAAACAUGCAGAUUUGGAGAUGGCAAAAGCAAAGCUUGCAAAAGCAAAUAGAAAGAAAGCCAUGCAAGAAAAAUGUCGUGCCGAUCAGUUAUCUCGGCAGUUAGAAAAACAUAGACGCGGGAUUGAGGAAUUACGGAAGGAGCUAAAUGGGCUUGUGCCUUCUGGAAAUUUGGCUGAGGCUCCUGCUGUUCCACCUGAAAUGGAUGUCACAAUUGGAAAUAUGAAGCUUCUCAAGAAAAAAUUGAAGUUUGAAAAGAUGCAAGUGAAGCAUGCCAAACAAAUGGCUAAGUUAGAAAAAGAUCGUAAUAAUAUAAUGCAGCAAGAAUUAAGUCACUUGAAGCAGGACUUUGCUCAAUUUUCACAUCGCUUGGAUAUGCUGGAUAUCUGUCUCUCACGUAAAGUUGAAGGUACAAACGGCAUAGCAAAGGAUGAAGACUUCUCAAACGUGCAACAAUUGAACUUGAAGAGAAGACCUUCUGGUGUAGAACCAUUUCAGGCAUGCCUCCCGAGGGAAAACAGAAUUGUAAAUCAUUGCUGCACAGCUAUAAAUUCUUCUGAUCUUUUCAGGCCAACCCAAGAACAUAAUGUACCACUGCUUCCUAUAUCUGGAGGGAACUCUGUUGGGUCCAUCUCAGGUAUUGAUUCUCAAUCAGAGUCUCUGCUUGGAGGCUCUGACCAAAAAAUGUUACAGAGUUCUGCCAUAAAUUCCAGUAUGGCAUCUUUUUCUGAUAGACAGUUGGUGGGCUCACAGGAAAGGGGUGCUUUUUCUGUCACCACAUCAACAAAAUUAGCUGAAGAGAACUCAAAUCUACGACCAACCAGUUCCAGAUUUUCUCAUGGAGCUACCAAAAUGAGGUACAAUGGAGAGUUUGCAGUGGUGGCUGAAAAUUGUGUCAAGGGUCCUUUUGCUUUUGAUGUUGUUGGAAGAGAUAUUGGGCGUAGUAGGAAGAGGAAGAGGGUUCAUGCUGCAGUUGAAUCCAUUGAAAAUUUGCAUUCUGAGGAUAAAAGGUUGCAUCUGCAGGUAGAAGAACAGCUCUCUAUUUUGGAUGAUGAGUCAAAGAGAAACAUAAACAAACCAUUGGAAGAUGGAAGAUGUUUGGUUUCUGACCUGCAAGGUGAUCCUAAUGCAAAGAAUGGCUGGUCAAGUAAGAAACCAAGGGUUUCUCAUAAAAAGGAAGUGGUUGUAAAGCACUUGUGUCAUCCUGACAAGCAAAAAAAGGCAGAGAAACUUGGAACUGAAGGCAGUGAUGAGGCAAAUCCCAGCACUCUAGCAUCUGCACUUGCAGGUAAUCAUACUGGGGUUGCUCGGGGAUGCAAGGAUGGACUAUGUACUUCUGAUAGGAGCAAUCAAGAUGCUUUGCUGAGCUUUGAGGAACAAGUUAAUGGGGAUUAUAUGAAAUUGCUGGACUUGGAUAGUGCUGUUGAUGAGGCUUUUUAUCGAAUAGCAAUUGAAACUCCUCUAUCGCCUACUCUUCCUGAGAUUGAGAUCCAUGCUAACCAAGCAUAUGAAGUAGAUAACUCUAAUUGUUUGGAGGAAAGUUUUAAUGAGAUGUUGUCAAAUGAAAAACACAAUUCAGUGCCAUCUCCUAGCUUUGAUGUCAUCAAUUUGGAGAUUAAUUCCAAUCAGUUCAAGUUCAAUCUUUCAGAUACUUCCCAAAAUCCAUUGUUGCUUAAGUGUGAUUGUCUAGCUGAUUCUUUUGAAAAGCCAGAAAAUAAUGAGAAUGCUAUUCAUAGUCCUAUAUAUUGUGAGGGAAAAACUUGUUCUAAUCAGAUUUUUGGAUCCAGUGCUGAGGAGGGGAUGCCAAAUAUAUCUGUUUUUAUAAAUGAGGGAGCAAAAUUUCUUAGUGAAGAUGAAGUUGGAGCUCCUCGUGAUAAUAUUCCUGAAUUCUGUAUUGUGUUUUCGGAUACCAAGGAGAAUAGCUGCAUUUCUAGGAUAUUAUGUGCCAUCAGGACCUGUAUAGCUCGCUGCCAUUUGGUUUCUCGAUCAGUUUGGAUGGUGGAAGAAAUUAUCCAUGCUCUUUUAAUGGAAGUAGAUCUUCUGCCCAAGGAGAAAGCUUGUGUGCUCUUUUCGCUACUAUUGCACAACCUUUCUGGAGCUGCGUUAAAGAUAUGCCAGAACAUUUUAACUGGAGAGUCUAUCUGCUGCUUAGACUCUUUUUCUGCACAGAUAAACACAGUGAUGUCCAAUGUAGAGAUGAGAAGCUUGUUUGCAAAGUUAUGUCAUUUGGAUGAGCUACUUAGUCUUAUCGAGGAGUUCCUUAUGGGUAAAAAAGUUCUGGUGUAUAAUAGUGCAUCUCCUGAAUCAUUCGUAGUAUGCGAUUCAAGAUUCAGCAUUCUUGUGGAUGGGGUAGAUAGAAUUAUGUCCUUUGAAACAGCUUCAACUCACCAGUUGGUGGCAGGGAGUAUCAUAUUAGCAUCAAUUUGCACGGCUAUUGACCACAUCGGUUUUAUCUGUGAGGCUUCAUAUGAUAUUUUCCGGAUGCACAGAUCUGAUUCUUCAUUGCUGCUGACAAUUCUUCAUGUUUUUGCUCAUGUCUGUGGAAAAAAAUAUUUUACCUUGAGCAAUUACUGUUUGAUAAUGACCGUUAUGAAAUCUUUAGUUACGAUUAGUGAGGGACGGAAUUUGUCAAUCGAAACUACAUCCUGUCUUUCAUCUUGGAGUAAGGUUCAAAAUGAGUUUCCUCCAUGCAUCAAAUGCCCAUUUUCUCAGAAUGCAGCUUCUGUGGAUAUUGUCAUAUCGCUGCUCUUGGAGAAGCUUCAGGAUUAUGCCAUUUCAGAUGCUGUGGAUCAAGAGCUAAUCAAAUCAGACAAGUCAUUGAAUUCUGGAUCCCUGUCCAGCAAGGAUAAAGCUGAAAAAAAAUCUGAUCUUCAAGAGGCUUUCUGUGUUCACUCAAUGAAAUGUGACAUGCCUUGCUGUUUUAACGACUUUGUGAUGCCUGCAAUUCAGUCAGGAUCUGAUUUUAACAGAACGUUGUGCCACUUCAUUGAUAUCCUGUCAUUGGUGGAGCUUGUCGCCAGCAGUAUGAGCUGGGAGUGGACAUGCGACAAAGUUGUCCCUCACCUGUUGAAAAUGUUGAAUUUGUGUGAUAUGGAUGACACUUCUGCAGCAAUUGUCAUUCUUCUUGGCCAACUGGGAAGGAUUGGAGUUGAUGCUGGUGGGUACGAAGACACUGGGGUUGAGACUGUCAGAUGUGGAUUAUACUCUUAUCUCUGCAAGAUAAUAACAAGGAAAACCUGCCUUCCUCUUCACAUUUCCACCAUCACUGCUUUGCUUGGGCUUCUCGCGGUUGAGUUGAAAGAAUUUGUUCAGACUGAUGUGGUGGAUCUCCCAGACGUCACUAGUAAGUCUGCUCUUGUUCAUGAUAUAAGGAACUGGUUUUCUUCGCUGAGCAAGGAGCAACAGUCCUUCUCAGUUAGCCUUAUCCAGUCCUUCGAUGUUCAAAAGAAUGAAAAUGCUCAAUGUAGUUACAGAAUUGGACAUCUUGGUACUGCUAGUGCACUCUGAUCCAAAUUUUUAGUAGGGAUGUUGCUAGCAGGUGCUUUUUUUAAUUUCAAUAUACUCAGAUGAGCAUAUGAAGUUCACCAUUUUUGAGAAAGAAAGUUGUUUUCUGGUUGUUAAUUGUUUUA